GUUGUAUAUAAAAAUAAUGAUGUCAGGUUGGAAUUGUCUCGACUUGCCAAGCAAGGAGAUCCUAAAAUGAAGAUUCAUGGGGUUGUAGCAUUUAAAUGUGAGAAUGUUGCAACCUUAGAUCCCAUCACGUUUGAAACACCAGAGUCUUUCAUCUCUUUGCCAAAGUGGAAUGCCAAGAAAACAGGCUCAAUAUCAUUUGACUUUCGUACAACUGAGCCAAAUGGCCUGAUUCUUUUCAGUCAUGGGAAACCAAGGCACCAGAAAGAUGCUAAACAUCCGCAGAUGGUGAAGGUUGAUUUUUUUGCCAUUGAGAUGCUUGAUGGCCACCUCUACCUGCUGUUAGACAUGGGAUCAGGUACUAUAAAAAUAAAAGCAUUGCAGAAGAAGGUGAAUGAUGGUGAAUGGUACCAUGUGGAUUUUCAACGGGAUGGACGGUCAGGAACCAUAUCUGUGAACACAUUACGUACACCAUAUACAGCACCAGGGGAAAGUGAAAUCCUUGACUUGGAUGAUGACUUGUAUCUUGGAGGCUUACCAGAAAAUAAAGCAGGCCUCGUCUUCCCAACAGAGGUGUGGACAGCACUUCUCAAUUAUGGAUAUGUCGGCUGCAUUAGAGAUUUAUUUAUUGAUGGUCAAAGCAAAGAUAUUCGGCAGAUGGCUGAAAUUCAAAGUACAGCUGGAGUAAAACCCUCAUGUUCAAGAGAAACUGCAAAACCUUGCCUUAGCAACCCCUGUAAAAACAAUGGUGUAUGCAGAGAUGGGUGGAACAGAUAUGUUUGUGAUUGCUCUGGCACAGGGUACCUUGGCAGAUCAUGCGAAAGAG